AAUUAGCAUCUUGCGUAAAGUGGCCCAUCAACAAGAAGCAAUCCACGGAGAAACCCCAUACCUCGACUCUACAGCCAUGGCCGCCGCCACUAAUAAGCGCCUGAAGAAGCAUCCGCCUAAAACAAAAACUAUCGGCAAGAAGAUCAAAAAGUCCCGUAAGAACGAAACCCAAAACAGUGUGGAGAAGAAGUCUGAAGAUGAAAUAACCGUUGGGGGGAGAACGGAUGGUGAUGUCGUUCAAUGGCCGACCGCCUCUCAGCAGCUGAGCUUUUUCAUAAACCAGUUUCAAUCCGCCAACAGUGUUCAGCUAUCUUCCCUGGAGCUCGAAUCCCUCAAUGGAACGUGUAUAGUAGAGCUAUCCCAGGACACAUCACAAAAUAUUUCUGGCAAGUUGGAGGAGCUCGUGAAGGUUUCAUUUGGUUCAUCAUGGAAAGAAGUGCUGUGCGGAAAACAUCUGCAAGAAGGGAAAAUUCAGCCUGGGAGUCCGGCAGUUCUUGUAAUAAGUUCAUCAGCGUUAAGAUCAUUGGAACUUCUCAGGGAAUUGCGGUCUUUGACAAAAGAAUGCCAUGCUGCAAAGUUAUUCUCUAAGCAUAUGAAGAUUGAGGAACAGGUGUCCGUACUAACGAACCGCGUCAAUAUUGCCAGUGGAACGCCAAGCAGGAUUAAGAAACUCAUCAAUAUGGAAGCACUAGGGAUGUCCCGCUUAGCAUUAAUUGUGCUCGACAUGUACACAGAUGUCAAGGGUUAUUCCUUAUUCACUCUUCCUCAAAUCAGAGACGAGUUUUGGGACUUGUAUAAAAGCUAUUUGCAUAAAAAAUUGCUCGAGGGCGAUCUACGAUUGUGCCUAUAUGGUCCACUACCCACUAAUUCAAAGGCAAAGAAGAGGAAACCCGUAAUGACUUGAGUAUUUACUUGAGCCACCCUAAAUUGGUUUCUGAUUUUAGCCACUGAACUUUUACAAAGUGAGUUUUGUAUGCAUUGAAAUGGAUUGGAACUUAGCAGGAAUUUUGCUGUACAACUUGAGUAGUAGUGAUGAACUGUUCGUUUGGGUGUUCGUGAAAAAUCAAUGUUGAAAAUGCGGGACUUUAGUUAUGGUUGUAAAACAGAAGAAAAGAGUGUCAUUGCCCAUCUGUAGUCUCCACUGACCAAGGCCCUGAUUAGAUACUCUGGAUUAUCAAAUCAUGUUGAUCAAAACUAAUUUUUUUUUUAACUUAUAAUCGAACUUAAAUUUAAUUCAACUCAACUCAAUCCUGCUCAACAUUAUUAAUAUAAUUAAAUAAUA